CCCUUCAAGCCUUGGUAUUAUUAAUCAGUAUUUAUUUUCAGAGCAGAAUGUAUGUUCAUCCUGUUCGUCUAACUAAUAAUACUAAAUUCAACUUCGACCCGAACAAGAGGCUCACUGCACCACCACGUUCAAAGACCUUGGCUCAACAGCGCCUACAGCGACGAGCAGAUGCACCCAAAGCUCAGGAUUCCAACGCGAACCUCGUCAGAGCCGAGGUGCCUCCUCCGUCUCAUGAUAUUAAUGCAAACUAUGGGGAACCAUCUUAUCUGAUACAAAAUAAGAGUUUAGAGAAAGAUAUCUCUGCUCCCAUCAAGAUGAGAGAAGAGCUGCUGAAUACUCCGACCUUGAUGAGAAAAGAAGCAGUAUCUGCUUCCAAUAGGAUGAUAGAGGAGCAGCUGAUACCUCAAACCUUGAAGAGAACAGACGUAGUAUCUACUCCUACAAGAAUGAGAGAAGAGCAGCUAAAUACUCCGACCUUGAUGAGAACGGAAGCAGUAUCUGCUUCCAACAGGAUGAGAGAGGAGCAGCUGAAUACUCCGACCUUGAUGAAAAUGGAAGCAGUAUCUGCUUCCAACAGGAUUAGAGAGGAGCAGCUGAAUACUCCGACCUUGAUGAGAACGGAAGCCGUAUCUGCUUCCAACAGGAUGAGAGAGGAGCAGCUGAAUACUCCGACCUUGAUGAGAAUGGAAGCCGUAUCUGCUUCCAACAGGAUGAAAGAGGAGCAGCUGAAUACUCCGUCCUUGAUGAGAACGAAAAAGCUUCUUAAUAUGAGCAGCAAUAAGGAGAAUGAGUUUUCGUUUCUCUCAAAUCGGAGGGAAGACAACGUGAAGGAUUCUUGUUCCCCGCUUUCAGUAGAAACAUUCAAGAGAUCUAACACAAGUAGAGUCAGAGCUCCACCUGGUGGAACCAAUAGUGCAGCAAGAAGUAGCAAGCAUGCCGAGGUUCCUGCAGCAUCUAAGAACAUGUUUGAGAAGAGCAAUCUAAUGAGUCGAUUAGAUAGGAACAGAGAGGUGUAUAUUGAUGAAGAAGGUAGCUUGAAGGUCAAACUUCAGGAGUUCUCAGAUCUAAAGAUUACGGUUACAAACCAGCCGAGCUCCAGUUACUCCAACCAGGAGCACCGAACUGUAUUAAAACCUCCUGCUAAAGAUAUGGUUCCUGCUCCGACUCCGGAGAAGAACUUCGUUCCAACCUCGUUCAAGGGGUUCGUCAAAGCUCCUUCUUCUGUAGCUAAUUCAGACCAAAAUAUUCUCCUGCCUCCGAAGACCUCGUCUCCUCCAGCUAGGUGCACACAGGCAUUCCCUGUAAAGGCAGAAGUGAGUCCUUCACCUGUCAAUGAUAUGAUGAAAGCUUCUAUCCUACCUACCACUGGCAAGGUAUCUUCUAUCCUACCUACCACUGGCAAGGUAUCUUCUAUCCUACCUACCACUGGCAAGGUAUCUUUGACCAUUUCUAAUAAGCCUCAGACCUUGGAGAAGGUUGAUACUGCGACCCCUGUAAAGGAUGCUAGGAUACCUGCAAAAGAAAGGCUUGGAGUGAAGGGUUGUGUUACUCCUGUUAAACCUAUUGAGAAGAAAUCUCCAUCUAAAUCUCCUCCUUAUGGAGAAGGGAAUUGUAUUUGUAUGAGAGCGCUGAAGAUAGUGAUGUGUCAGGUCUGUUCCCAUGAUAUGAUAGGGCGGGUCAUGAAGCACUGCGUCACUCACCCAGAGGUCACCUAUCUCAUGGAUUAUGCCAGCUGCUGCAAAUGCCGUGGAACGAAUCUAAAGGAGUUUGAUCUUCCGGCGCACAUUAACAUGUCCAAAUUCAAGAACAUCAGAGUUCGAGCCUCUUUCUAGACUCGAAAGAAUCAGCAUUUGUAUAAAGAAAUAUUUUUUUGAUAAAAUAUUGUGAUGGAUAAAUUAUAUGUAAUGAAAAUGUUUUUAUUUUAAUAUUGUACUAUUCUCUGUCCCAUUGUUUUGUUUGGUCGGGAGAAGUAUUGUAAAGCCAAAAGAUAAAUGUGUUUUUUUCUUGCUUAAUUAUAAAACAGAUUUUUUCUUUGGGAAAUAUGGAAAUCCUGUCAGGUGUAUAAUUCAUAGACAGAAAAUUUAAAACUUUUUAUUGUAGAA